AUGCGUCUCCAUCAAAUCCCCCCCCAGCUCAGGGAUCGCGACAAGAUCAAGUGGCUCCAAGAGUCCAUCAUGAUUUUUUACUGGCCGGGGGUUCCUAAACUAGCCUUCCAAAUAAUGACUUACAACUGCCAGAUUGAAGACAUCCGCGAGGAUGAAUGGCUUCAGGCUGAAACUCUCGAUUUCGAUCUGCUUUUGGAGGAGCUGGCCCGGUGUCCAGGGUUCGAUCCCAAUCGGCACAAAAUCACCUGGUCCCCCAGGAUGCCUGGUGAAGAGAGCUGCUUCCAUAAUUUUACACAAUUUGACGAGGAGGACCUCACCAGUGAAAACUUUGCUGAGAUUCUGGAGAAGGGUAUCAAGGCUCACUGUGGAUUUCUUCCAGUGCCGCCGAAGGAUUACCCGUAUGAGAUUUUUAUCUACUUCAUGAUCCGUGAUCUGUCGUCAUCCUCGCCGUGA